AUGAGCAUUACAAGUGAAGAGCUGAACUAUUUGAUAUGGAGAUAUCUUCAGGAAUCGGGCAAGGAACUGUCUGCGCUGGCUUUACAAGAGGAUACGCGGGUUUUGGAGUUUGAGGAGAGAUUUGGUGAACAUUUUCCCAUAGGAUCUUUGGUCAAUUUCGUCCAGCGUGGCAUCCUGUAUACAGAAGCGGAUCUGAUGGUAAAAGGGGAUGGAUCGGUAAUUGAACAGUCGGAAGAGUUCGACCAGUCGUAUGGUAAAAAUUUUUCAUUGAUUCAAGCCCUUGAAAUUGAUCGGCAAAAAUACCCGGAAAUCGUGGCCGAGGGCAGGUUCGCUCUUGCCGGUGAUCCGGCCGCGUCUGACGCUAUGACGUCCGCCAAGUCGUCAAUGCCUGAAACUGCAAAUAACCAAGAUUUUAUCAAGACACUCAAGGAAGUUUCCAAGAUCCCGGUGAGCGCAUCAGCGCAAUGGAGCACAAAAAGUGAACUCAUACUGGCAAGCGUGGAACAAAACCUAACACUGGCGCUGAGAACGUAUAAGAACGAGGAGGAAAGUUUGAUUGAAACCAGCAAACUUAUUGCGCAACUUUCAAUAAUUCCUGGCGUUUCGACCACAAAUUCAGAGAGCAAUGAGGUUACAGUUUUAGAAUGGGCACCAGAUGGUAAUCUGUUGGCAUGUGGUAUGGAGAACGGAAACCUAGUUCUGUGGUCUGCGAACAACAAAUUGUGCAAUAUUUUGACUCUGCAUCGUUCGGCAAUCCUUGCGGUCAAAUGGAGUUCCGACAACUCACAUAUAUUAAGCUAUGAUGUUCAAAACACGGCAGUGAUAUGGAAUACGUCAACCGGAACAGCAUUGCAGAUUUUCGAACUUAAAGACGAUAAUUCCUCAGAGGUUCUUGGCGUCGACGUUGAGUGGCUUGGGGUGGACAAAUUCGUCAUACCUGGCCUGCAAGGCAGUAUACUAGUGUAUUCGCUGGGAGAAAAUAAACCUGUGGGCAAAUUGCUUGGGCAUACCGCUACUUUGACGGGUCUGGAGUUCAAUACAAAGAAUAGAAUGCUGUUGAGCUCAUCGGAAGACUUAACAUUGAGGAUAUGGCGAAGCGGAAGCAUUAACUCUUCAAACUGCUUUUACGGCCAUAGUCAAAGUAUAACGUGUGCCCAAUGGCUUGAUGAAGAAAAGGUGAUAAGCACCUCAAUGGACGGUACAGUCAGAGUGUGGUCUUGUCGAUCAAAUGCUCAAGUCGCCCUGGCAUUGGUUGACGGGACCCCCAUUCUAUGCGGAAGCCUUUCACCCGAUAAGACUAAAUUCGCCAUUGGAAAAAUGGACGGAGAGGUCACAGUUUAUGAGAUAUCGUUGCUACUUGAUAAACUGAGAGACAACGGAAAUUCUACAUCUGUUCAACCAUUAUCCAUCCCAAUAUUCGGCGAUUUUCAAUCCGACGAGGCGGAAAGUUAUGUUAACACUUUGAGUUGGGAUUCUGAAAGUCAGUACCUGUCUAUCAACUAUUCUCAAACCAAAGUAUCUGUAAUAUCUGUAGAAUAA